AGAGAGAGAGAGAGAGAGAGAGAGAGAGAGAGAGAGAGAGAGAAUUGUCACUUACACCGCCUUCAUCUCGCGCGCUCACCUGCUCUGGGGAACCUGAUCGAGCGCACCUCUCAGUGUAGCGGGGACCUGGCGGCUGGUCCCGGGGACGUGGGUGAACCUGCCUCGGUGCGAAGAGGCUCCGGAUGGAUUCUUAAGCGGCGCUUUUCGAAGUUGUCCCACAUCCAGCCCGGCCGGCACGGCCCGCCCUGCGCUCAGGAGAGGAUUACACAGGAGACACCCGCUGCUCAGUAAGGAGAUGAAGAAAAGCUUUCUCUGUCCUCUUCAGCAGAACGAUGGACAGACAGAGAGCAGAGCGGGACUGUAACUGGCACCUUCAUGUAGCCCUGAUACUCAGGCCAGAGAGCAGGUAAAUGGAGGUGGAGGACAGGAGCCGCUCCCCAUCCCGUAAGACCAGCCGGGUGGAGCAGGUGGUGGGACGAUGGCUGAGACGGUCUCGAGACUUAGGCAGCAGGUCUCACUCCCUGAGCAGAGACCGAGUUGCAGAGAAUGGGAAGACUGCAGAGUCCAGUGGCUCUGAUCAGAGGAAUUACCCAUUUCGAUUCAAUAUUCAGAUUCCUCGGGACCCCACCCUCAACUCUCAUGGCCUCACACUCUCCCCCCAAGCCCCCAUCCUGGUACAAGAGGUCACCCCAGGUGGUCCUGCAGAUGGCCGGCUCAUCCCUGGCGACCAGCUUGUGAAGAUCAAUAACGUCGCUGUGGAUGACCUGACCCCAGAGCAAACUGCUGAGAUAAUCAGGGAGUGUCAAGAUACGUUGACAAUGACGGUACUCAGAACAAUGCUGGGCCCAAAGUCAUCAUUCAUCACACCGGAGAAGAGGGCCAAGCUCAGAUCCAACCCCGUAAAAGUUCACUUUGCAGAGGAGGUGGAAGUAAAUGGGCACUGUCAGGGUAACUCGCUGCUCUUCCUGCCUAAUGUUCUGAAGGUUUAUCUGGAGAACGGGCAGACCAAGGCCUUUAAAUUUGAACCCAGCACCACGGUCAAGGACAUUGUGAUGACACUGAAGGAAAAGCUUUCUCUGAGCCGUAUUGAACUCUUCUCCCUGGUGCUGGAGCAGCAGCACAGCAUCAGUAAACUACUGCUGCUACACGACGAGGAGAGAAUUCAGCAGGUGGUCCAGAAGAAAGAGGCCCAUGACUACAGGUGUCUCUUCCGCAUUUGUUUCAUGCCCCAAAACUUCCAGACUCUGAUGCAGGAGGAUCCCAGGGCCUUCGAAUACCUCUACCUGCAGGGAGUGAAUGAUGUGCUGCAGGAGCGCUUUGCUGUAGAGAUGAGGUGUAACACUGCCUUGCGACUCGCUGCCCUGCACAUCCAGGAGAGGUUGGCGAGCUGUGGACAGUCAUCAAAGACCAACCUGAAAAUCAUCACGAAGACGUGGGGCAUUGAGAACUUUGUGUCAUCCACAUUGUUGAGGAACAUGCGAGAGAAGGAUCUGAGGAAGGCCAUCGGCUACCACAUGAAGAAGAGCCAAUCGCAGCACGAUCCCAAGCAGAAGGGCGUGGCAGUCGAUCUGGCACGGAUAAACUACCUGGAGGAGCUGGCAGAGCUCAAGUCAUUUGGAGGCAAAUCCUUCAGUGCCACCAUGAUGCUCCAGGACAGGGAAUCGAUGGUGACCCUGCUGGUGGGGGCGCGGUAUGGGGUUAGCCAGGUGGUCAACCACAAGCUUAGCAUCCUGUCUACCCUUACAGAGUUCACCUGUAUCACACGCAUUGAGCUGCUGCCUGAAUCAGACAAGGUCAGCCUGGUCAAAAUAUACCUGCAGGACAUUAAGCCCAUCACAUUGCUGUUGGAGUCAGUGGCAGCCAAAGAUAUGUCCUGCCUAAUAGCAGGGUACUGUCGAGUUUUUGUUGACCCCAGCCUCAACAUCUUUCCCUGGAUAGAUGACCCCAGGAAGCACAGAGUGUCUGCUGAGGAAGGUUACGUCUCCCGCUGUGGCAGCAACUCAGAUGACUCCUCAGACCUGGACAUGGAACCACUAGUCAGCCUGGUGUCUUUCAACGAGAGGCUGUGCCCCCGUGUCAGAUCCUCCUCUGAUCCAGAUGGAAGAAAAAGAAAAGACAAAAGGAGAUACAAAGAUAGGGAAAAGGGAGUUAAAUCUUGGGAAGAUAAAAAUCUAAAACCAAAUGAAGAAAAAGAUACUGACACUGAAAAGGAAAAGUCUCUGCUAGAUAUGAAUAAUGAGGCUAAGAUUGAAAACACUGAACACCAAGAGGAGACAGAAGGAGCGCAGGAUGUUGGACAAAUACAGAUUGAAGUAGCAGACAAUGACUCACAAGAACAACAGGUAAAAGUGGGGGAAGAGGGGAAGGUUGGGGUUGGAGAAGAGGUGCAAGUAGUAGAGGACCAGCCGUCCGAACCAUCAGAUUCUUGUCAAACUGACUCUCGUGUCCUCAACAGCCCCUCCAGCGAUUCCCUUGAUGCUUUGGAGGAAGAUGAUUUACUGUUGUGUUCCUCUUCCUCCAGCUUCCUAAAUGUUCCCUCACAAACCUAUUCACACAUCCACUCUCCUCUUCAACUGAAUCCUUAUUUUCAUAGACAUGUCCAGCCUCACCUCCUCGCCCCACCACCAGCUCACUCCCACCCCCUCAUCCACUUCACAAGUCAGGACAGGGGAGGAGGACGCUGCAGGAGGUCAGGCGAUGGAGCUGAUCCUCAACUCAUCGCACCUAUCUCCACCUCUCAGAACCUUCACCACGCCCAAAAAUGUUCAAGUAACCCCUGCUCUGAUGAGAGUUCCCUGUGCUUCGCUGAGCUCUCUCGCCUCAUGGACUUCUUGCCGAGCCCUCCUGAGGCCAGUGAGGAUGAUGAAGAUGAAGAAGAGGAGUUGAGGAGGAGGAGGGAUAUGUUGAAAGAAAUGGACCAGUCAGUGAGAAGAGCAGGGGAAGGAGGAAGUGUAAGUGGGGAGGGUGGUUGUAAAGAAUAUCCAUUGUCCCUUUCCCCAUCCUCUGACUCCUCCCACAUGGACUUUGUGUUUAACUUCAACCAGAGCGACGCUCGCUGCUACUACAAACUCUGCUCCAGCAUCACCCCAGACAGCGCCCGUAGCCUACCCCGCCCCCUAUAUCAUAAUGAGGGAGAGGACUGUGAAGAAGUGGAGGGAAAUGAGGAUAAGGCUGAAGAGCUGGAGCCAAUCCCCAUCCUCCAGCCACCUCCAGGCUUUGGAGACAGCAGCUCUGACGAAGAGUUUUUUGACGCAAGAGAUCGCUUCACCUCCCCUGAAGACCCAACCUCAGGGGCCCUGCCAAAAGAUAUUUCCACAGAGAUGAAGCUGGACUUGCUCAGUACACUCAGCCUCAGUGACAUCAGAGUGACACAUGGAGACAAAGCUGGAAGAGCAACAGAGGACAAUAGAGGAGGAGAGGAAAAAGGAGGAGGCAGAGAAACAUUGUUCGAGCUUAGAAAAAGAUCUCGCAAGCGUCGCUCCUUCAUGGAAACCACUUAUACCUCCAUGGUGUCAUAUCCAGAACCAGAUCCAGAAUCAAAGCAGGACCCUGUUUCCAAUGGGCUUCAUAUAAACCUUUUAGCAGAAGAUAGUGAUGCCCAGAUGUUGAGUUCAGAUCCUGAACCUUCAGAGCAAAGCCAGAAUCCCAGCCCAACUGUCUCCUCUCUGACUCACUCUGAAGGUGAACCAGCUCAGCUUGAGUCAAAACCCAUCCUGUCAAAAGCCUGUUCUCAUGGACCUGGCUCUCCCUCUGCCUCUGGGUCCCAUGAACCGGCCAUAGAGACACAGCCCUCCUCCAGGACCAAGACACAAGAAAUGGAGAUGGAACCUGACACAAUGGAAUCCAAAUCGGUUACAGAUCAGGUGAAGGCUACGUCACCAACUAUUACAGUCGUCCGCUGCCGGGUGGAUCCAGACGGGAAGGAAAGUGCUGAUCGGAGGGGUGAUGGAAAGGAGGAAGGGGAGGGACAGGAGGAGAUGGGUGAGGGGAAAGAGGAGGAAGAAAAGGAGGAGACGACAGGUGUGUCCGGGAAGGGGCCUUUCACUUGUCAUAUGUUUUUGCCGGAGAUUGUUAAUGAGUUACAGAAGGAGGAAGACAUGGGGGAAGAGAAGAUAGAAGCAGCGAGAGGGUACAGUUCACAGAGACCACUCGUAUGCCCUGAUAAACAAGUAGAAGCCAACACACUGCCAAAAUAUUUGAUAGAAGGUAGUAAUGGCUUUUUGGGAUCUCAUCUAACUACACAAGAUUUAAACUCAAGUGUAGAGGAAUAUAUGCUUGAAGUUGUGCGUGACAUGUCAUACUCACCACCACCCCCUCCACCUUCUUCUCCUCUACCUCCACUAGCAGUUUUUCACAAAUCCCAAAGUGACUGUUUGGUGAGUGACGAAGACAGAAGCAAAAAUGUGGAGACCUCAAGCAAAGCAUCUUCUGAGGAGACACCAUUUAGCAAACAAAAUCACACUAACAAAGCACAAUUACAUUUACAGGUCACAACCAGUGUUAAUGAAGAUGAAACUAUUGGUGUUGUAAAUUCUGCUAUGACUACAAGCGAUGAAGUUAGCGACAGCACCAAUUCUGACAAUGUGUUCGAUGAUGAUGAGCUGAGUAAUUCUUUAAAUUCUAGUUUAAGUGACAAGAAAGAUGACUGCAGUUUGGCUUCAAAGCAUUGCCUCAGAUCUAAGUCUGUCACUGCAGGUAAAGGCGAGUCACAAAUGAGGAAAAAGUCUCCAACCAACACUGAAGCUCAUACAAGCAUUCAUUCAGUUAAUUCUGAUUACACUCGUGCUAUAAACUCCAUCACAGCAAAGCUUGGAGCUGCAACUAGCAUCACAUCUCCGACCUUUAAUUCAGCUUCUGGAUCGCAAAGUGCCGUCAAACAUGUAAAUGCUUCAUACUCAAAUCAAAAAGUGGAUAAAGCCCAAAGUGGUUCAACCUUGCCAAGUGCUGACGCUAACAACAGUUUAGCUAGUCCUAGCUUUGUGAAGGCGAACACAGACAUGAUCAAUGAUCUCUCCAAAGAGCCUCCCUCUCCAACUCACUUCCGCUUCCAGGCCUGUUCCCACAGCAUCAUGGGCCGCUUAUCUGCCUCAACACUUAGGGGUAAGAUUCAGAAUUUGCCCCUCUAUUUAUCGCGCUCCCAGGAAACCCUCCACCAGACUGGUGUGGGGAAUCGAGCCCAGAGUCCUGCCGAGGACAGCAGCAGCAACAAUGUUGAGAUUGCCAUCAUAGUUACAGACGUUCAUGAUGUUACCCAAACUAUAGAUAGUGAACUGGGCACAAUAUCAGAAUCAGUAGAUUCAGACGAUUCAGAUACAACAGUUACAGGAUCAGAGGUGGACGGUGAGUUUUUUGUGGAAACAACUCCAAUAAACACUUGUCAUUCAGGUUUAGAGGUCAAAGAUGUAAACUCUCCAUUGCCUGUCCUGACCGAGCCCAAACCCAAACACCAUCAUCAGCUCCUGCACAGUAUCCAGCACACACCAGGACCAAUAACCGAGCCUCCAGCCCCCAUUGUGAACAGCUUCCAGAGGGAUACUUCAGGCAUGACGGUAGACACCCCUGGCCCCAUAAAACUCACUCCUGAACAGAACAUGGUCACAACCCCAGGUGAAGACAAUUCAGGUUAUAAAAUGAACUAUCAGUCAACUUCCUUUCCCCCUCCAAUUGUGGUGACCACACAGAAUCUAAAUAGGGCAGGACUUCCUUUUCAUAAUCAGUCACAGACAGUAAGACGGACCAGCAGCGACAGGCCCUUGAUGGGUCUUUGUAGACCUUCAGAGCAGAGUUCAGACUCAGCAAAAACACUUUCCUCAGGCUGCAGAGUGUUUACGAUCUGUGAGGAUCCAUCUGAGACAAAGACUCCAGCCGAGCUUGGGACUACCGCGCCCUUAAAGUCUGAGUUUGGCUGCAGGUCUGUGCUAACAUCUGGAUGUGAGUCUGUUGUGGAUGGGUUGCAGGUCCCACUGGACACUUGUGGUUGCCCAGUGGUCUAUACCAACUGCUUUAGUGGAGGUGACAGCUUUGACGAUGAGCUGACUGUCUAUGAGUUCUCUUGCCGCACACAGAGCAGUGGUGUGACUCAGACUUCAGGAGCAGUUCUUCCUCUCAUGACUUCUCCAACUGUUCCCUCCUUUCUCUCCUCUUCCUCCAUCCACUCUCCCUCCUUUCCACGCUCAAUCCUCUUCUCCUCCUCUACCUCUGAGCUCAGCCCUCUCCUCUCCCCGCUGUCCGACACCUCUGACUGUUUCCCUUCUCAAAUGCACAAGGACAUCAUUAGUCGUUUAGGUCAGCAGCGCCAUCUAGAACCCCCUGCGGGUUUUCAAGAACUCCGUGUGGAAGUGGACCAGCUCCUCUCAAUUCUAGAGAGUAGCGGUAGUGGCCGAUCAGUGGCAGGUCACGGAGGUCGUCACCCCCGGGACACCUGUCCUGCUCACUUUACAGAGAACAAGCGGGUGCUCCAGAUGGAGGCCCGGAGUCUGAUGUCAAGCUGCCAGAAGGUAGUGGGGAUUGGGCAGAGCCCCAUGGAAAUGCUUCACUCCCUGGGAGACAGCUUCCGAACCCUGGUGAAGUUGGCCAGCAUAUGCCUGUGGUUCUCUGGUUGCGACAGGUGUGACCGGAGGAAUGCGGAGGCAGUUGCCGGGCUGGCAGAUGUGGCCCGCUCAUUCAGGGACUUCUGUCUGGCAGCAGAACGAGCCAGCAGCAAGCGCAGCUGCCAGGACCUGAGCACCAAGCUGCUCGCCAAACAGUGCACGGCGCUCACCGCAUCCGUCUUCUGCUUCACUCAGCUGUUCCGCACCCUCACUGCACUAUAAGCGGACUACAGCCUCUGAAGACUUUGAAAGGACCUUCCAGCAACCGAUGUGUCACCUGAGAUAUAUGGGGUCACCACAAGUGUGAUCUGGGACAGUCAGUGGGUUUAGAAGGGCAGACAAGUGGGAGAUGAGGUUACCAGGGAGCUCCACGACUGUUCAAACUACCACAGAAACUCUCAACACCAUAGAGCCAGUUUGCACCUUUGUGCACUGAUCAGGCCAGAGAUGGUUGAGAUGCAUGUGGUGACUUACAAAAUGCUAUAUGCAAGUACUGUAGCCCACAAACCACACAGUCAGUCAACAACUAGACUGUAGAGUGGUGCAAGCUCCUUAAGCAGACCCUGCUUGCAUUCCAGUAUUGAGGAAGUGAUGUACUUGAAUGUAUUCUAUGUAGUCUAACAUGUUUAUUUAUUUAUUUUUUAUUUUAUCUGAUUGAUGAGUGUCUGCGCAAGCGAGGAAUGUAAAGAUAAGGAAGCAAAACGUUUAGAAAUGUUUAGAGGCAUACCUUUAGACAGAGGAACAGUGGUGUGUGAGAGUCAUGGGCCUUUUACAAGCACAUACAUCCUCAUAUACAGAAAGUGAAUCAGUCUUAGAUUCAUGCAUUCAUUAACAGGCUCACUGACUGUGAACGUUUUGUCCUCUCAUCUUCUGAUAAGAAACACUGCAGUUUACUGAUGCUUACAUACUGUAUCUUUAUAGUCUCUAUAGGCGGACAGCCAGGACUUCUUUGAAUGUUACUGUUUACAAAACCAAAAACUGGAGUGAGACAUUAUUUGAUGGAAUCACACAAAUCAAGCCUGAAGUUUGCCAUUUUAUAAAUAUAGUAGCAGAAUGCUGAAGUAUGCACAUUAUAUGACUUUAUAAAACAAUAAUUUGAAUGAGGUGCAGUCCUUCACAUAUUCAGUUUGUUGUCCUUUUGACAUUUGGUAUGAUUUAUAUAAAUGUAAUGCAUUUUGCUAGCUUUUCUCUCAUUGGUUUGUCAGCACUUUCUCCACCUCCAGAUGAAACCCUGAACCCUCCAGUGCAUGCUGAUACAACCGCUGAUCCUUUCAAUACAUUUGUUUAAGUUUUUUCUAUUUGGCACUAACAUUUGUCCAUCGAGAACAAGAACCUUAAUUCUAAAUGAGACCGUGUGAAGAUGCUAUCCAACAGCUGUUUAUGAUAUUCUGUAUAGUUUUAUGAGAAUUUUAAGAAUUUUAAGUUUCACACUUCACACUUGUGUCUGAGUUUUUUGAUCAGUCAGGAGGGAAGCUGACAUCUGCUGACUUAGACUACACUGUUGCUUACACAAAGUGCAUUAUAACUACAGAUUUACCAGUAUGGCCACAAAUAGUAUUAACCCUGUGACUGAAUAUGGGUACAGAUACCCCAAGCAGUGCAGGAGUCCAGUAUGCAGUACUGUUGGCUAUCUGUAUGUUCCUUUUUUAGUCUUUGAGUGACAUAUUGAGUGGAAGAGUCCGAGUGUCAGAAAGUAUCUGUUGGACUGAUGCAAUCAUUGGUCGACAGCUUCUAAUCAGAACUCAAGUCAGAAAACCGGGUUUUACCUGAUUAACCUGAAGCUUAUUGUAGUGGACAAGCUGUUGUAUUGGAGCGUUUUCACUCAGAAUCUUAAAAUGAUAAGGAUUGACGCACAUUGGACCUGCAUGUUCACUGGAGAGAUUAAAGUUGUCAGAAAUAAUUUCACCUCUACAGUACUGGGAACACAAUAUGUUUUUGAGUGUUUCUAUUUCUAUUUACUACAGCAAUUGAAACACUUUUAUUGGUUAAUGUGUAGAGCUUUGUUCCCUUUUGUUGUAACUGAAUAUGAUUUCCUCUACUUUAUUCCUGAUUUGCACCAGAGAAAAUAUUAAUUCCUUUAACCACAAUCUCCAUGUGGAAAUUGCCCCAAACAAAUGAUAGAAAAUCUUCUUUCUUAUUCUUUUAAUCAUCUGUGCUCACGAAGCAUGCUUUAAUAAGCCAUACAAUGCAUUGUUUCAUCAGGGACUUUAUAUGUGAAUGAAUCAAUGAUGAUGUCUGCUCCUGCUUUGUAAUGCUCAUGUCACCAUUAAAAACAAUGUCAAUA